GAAACUUUUUCCCUAUAUAUUAGGGUAUAAAAGUUCAAAUGUAACCCGCCUAGGAAUUGGUGGGAAAAAUAGAAAAGACGAUAGAGAGAAAUAUGCCGGUGGCAAGGCCUGAGUCAUCGGAUUCUAGAGUUAUUGCUCAUGUCGACAUGGAUUGCUUCUAUGUUCAAGUGGAGCAGCGAAAGCAACCAAGUCUAAGAGGUCAACCCGCUGCUGUUGUACAGUACAAUUCUUGGCAAGGUGGGGGGCUGAUCGCUGUCAGUUAUGAGGCUCGUAAAUUUGGGGUGAAGCGCUCAAUGCGAGGUGAUGAAGCAAAGGAAGUUUGUCCGGAGAUUCAUCUUGUUCAAGUCCCAGUUGCCCGUGGUAAAGCUGACCUAAAUUCUUACAGGAAUGCAGGCUCAGAGGUUGUCGCCAUACUCUCAAGAAGAGGCCGAUGUGAGCGUGCUUCAAUUGAUGAAGUGUAUUUGGAUCUCACUAUAGCUGCUGAAGCAAUGUUGGCAGAUAAUCCUCCUGAGUGUCUGGAAACAAUCAGUGAAGAAGCAGUGAAAUCACAUGUUUUGGGUCUUGAGGUUGGUACCGAUCCCAGAGAGAAUGUCAGACAUUGGCUCACCAGAAGUGACGCUAGUCACCGUGAUAAGUUGUUAGCCUGUGGAGCCCUUAUUGUUGCAGAACUUCGGCUGCAAGUAUUAGAAGAGACUGAAUUCACUUGUUCUGCAGGCAUUGCUCAUAAUAAGAUGCUGGCCAAACUAGCAAGUGGAAUGAAUAAACCUGCUCAGCAAACUUUGGUGCCUUUCUCAUCCAUCAGCAAAUUACUCGAAACUCUGCCUAUAAAGAAAAUGAAACAGCUUGGAGGAAAACUUGGAACUUCUUUGCAAAUUGACUUAGGUGUGAACACUGUUGGGGAUCUGCUCCAGUUUUCAGAAGAGAAGCUACAAGAGUAUUAUGGAAUAAAUACUGGUUCCUGGUUAUGGAAUACAGCCAGGGGCAUUAGUGGGGAAGAGGUCAAGGAACGCCUUCUUCCCAACAGUCAUGGUUCGGGAAAGACAUUCCCUGGACCUCGAGCUCUUAAAACUGUUGCUUCUGUUGAAAAGUGGCUCAGUGAACUCUGCGAAGAACUUAGUGAGCGUCUUCAGUCUGAUCUAGAACAGAAUAAGCGGAUUGCACAUACUCUUACUCUACAUGCUCAAGCACACAAGUCAAAUGACGCAGAUUCGUUCAAGAAAUUUCCAUCAAAGUCAUGUCCACUAAGGUAUGGGACUGCCAAGAUUAAGGAAGAUGCCCUCAGCCUGUUUCAAGCAGGAUUGCGUGAAUAUCUUGGCCAGUACAAUUUGAAGACUUCAGGAAAUCAAAACUGUGGGUGGGGAAUAACUGGUCUUUCUGUUUCAGCCAGUAAAAUAGUAGCCAUACCAUCUGGUACACGGUCUAUCAUGAAUUAUUUUCAAAACCAAGAGGAAACUUACCCUCAAGUAAAACUAUCCAGCGAAAAGCUUUUCCAAGAUGCUCUACUUUUGUCCCCUUCAGAGAACUGUCUAGGAAGUGGAGGUCAUCCAACUUUGCAGUCAACAGAAGGAAUAGCACGACAUGAGGAAGAUAAAGAGACUAAACAUUGCGUAGAGGAAGAGGACAAGGAGAUGUGUAAAGAAAAGGGCUUUCUUUUAUCACCUGAACAGCUGCCAGAUAAAGAGACUUUGAUAUGUUCUUCACCAGUGUAUCCGAAAUGGGAGAAAGAGUAUCCGAGAUGGGAAAAAGAUCAGACUGAAUCAAGUGGGGUCUCCCUUACUGAAAAGAGUAGAGAUACUUUUGAGUCGGAGGAAGGGAAGAGGAAGUCCAAUAAAGAAAAGGGAAUGCAAACAAUCUCGCGAUAUUUUCAAAGUCAAAACUCUGGCUCUCUCAUACAGAUAGAACAUGCUAGCACUGCUAAUCUUAGCGAAUCAUCCUCCUUGUCAGACCCUCAUAGUGAACCUCCUCAAGAAAAUUCACUUACAAGGGGUGAGUCCAGUGUUGAUGCUCGUCUUUGCAGCCAGUUUAAAAGACCUUCCUGGAGUUACGACAUUGAUGAGAUUGACCAGGAUGUCUUGAAGGAGUUACCAAAACAAAUUCAAGAAGAGGUACAGGCAUGGCUCAGGCCUCAGAAGCGAUCUAAUACAGUGAAAAAGGAUUUGGGUAUUACUCGUUAUUUCUUACCUGCAAAGGAUAAGUAGAUGCCAACAAACAAUUCCUGUAAAGAGGUGGAUAAUAUCAGAGGCUUAUCUGGAGCUUCGUGCCCAGAUUGAGCUGGAUCCUACUGAAUCAGGAGGCCAUCUUAACAAGUUGGUUAGUCAUUAUAUUCAGUCUUGACAUACUAUAUCCUAUUGUUGUUGAAUAUUCCUUAGUUCUUGGGAUUGCCAAGUACAGAAGUCACUACUUCGAGAUCCGGAUGAAGAAGCAUGUCCGUUAAUAUCACUGAGUGUAAUGUUAUUCAGGGUGUAAUAUUUGUGUAACUAUUAGGUUAGUCAUCAUAUUCAGUCUUGACAUAUAAUAUCAUAUCGUUGUUGAAUAGUCAUUUGUUCUUGGGGAUUGGCGAGCACAGAAGUCACUACAUCGAGAUCAACAUGAAGAAGCUGCUGGGCUAUAUCAAUUGUCUAAUUUUUAUUCAUAUUGUGAUACGUAUUAGGUUGCUAUAGGCUGUGUUUUGCUCUAAGGAUGGGCAUGUAUAUUCUUGAAAAUGGAGAAUUAAUGUAAAUAUUAUUAUGUCAUGUCUUAUAUGGACAAGUUUCUAUUCUCUUC